AUGAAACAAUAACACGUUCAUGUGUUAACUUCCAGCCUAUGUACGACUAUAUGUUGUAUUAUCUUGAAUACAAUAUAUAGUCGUACAUGGGCUAGAAGUCAACACAUCAAAGUAUUUAUCAGCAUAUGCUUCGUUAAGCUGUAGGCUAAACUCUUCUAGAUUUUAUGACAUAUUUAGGAGUAAUGAACGGAAACUGAAAAUCAUGAAAAAUUAUUCUUAACCAUUAGUAUAUUUAUUAAGCGAACCUUAAAAGGACAUAGCGUAGCCUAUAUGCCCACAUACAUUCAUGUGCAGGACAUCGUAGUCAUGUCAUGCACCGCGGAUCUAAGGCGUGCAACGUUAAGUCGAUCUGUGAAUCUAGUACUGUUCUACACUUAUCAGACGCACUUGCAAAAACCGCCAUUGAUAAGACCGUCUUCCAAGUAGAUGCCUAAACGCAAAACAAAAAAGCAACGCUUUGGCAACAUGCAUCCGUCUGAUUCGCAAGUGUGUGACGUCGUGCAGACAUAUAUGUCUAUGACGUCGGGUACUCAUCUUGUCUUUUCGCGAGUCACGUGUUCUCGUCUGAGUUGUCCGUCGUCCAGAUUCUCCUGCCAGUCAAAACCAGAGAACACGGGAGUUGUAUUGAUGUUUACUGAUAACUAGCAGGAGCCUGUGUAGUAUAUGAGGAUCACGAGAAGAAGGAAGAAAAGCAAAAAAAGUUCAUUCAAAUUGGCGUCUUUGCAUGGUUGCGUUCUGGUUGCGGUCACACUGUCGGGAUGAGGAUCCGGCUCCAGGGCACGGGCCACGGGGCGAACCUCCUCGCCGAGCUGAACCGCUGCCGGCUGUCCAGCUCCCUGUGCGACGUGGUGCUGCGCGUGGGCGGGCGCUCCUUUCCCGCCCACCGCGUGGUGCUGGCCUGCGCCGCCUCCUACUUCCGGAGCCUGUUCUCAGCGGGCGCCCGGCCCGCCAGCACGGUCACCCUGGACUUCGUGGCCCCCGCCAACUUCGAGAAAGUGCUGACCUUCAUCUACACGGCGGAGAUUUUCACCGACCUGAUCAACGUGGGCGUGCUGUACGAGCUGGCCGAGCGGCUGGGGGUGAGGGAGCUGGUGCGCGCCUGCCACGCCACUUUCCCCGACCUGCGGGGGUCCGGGCCUGGGGAACAGGAGGCCGACGGGGACCCUGAACUGGGCCUCACCCCUACCCCCGUGGGGCCCGCUUCAGUGUGCUCGUCCUCGGCGGCCUCGUCUUCCUCCUCGUCCUCUUCCUCGGGCUACUCCACCGCGGCGCCCACCCCGGCCGCCCCUCUCCCUGCGCUCCCCAAGGACGGGAGCCGUUUCCACGUGCCCUCCCCCUACCUGUCCCCCUCCCCCUCCGCGCCCCCGCUCUCGCAGCCCCCCAAGGCGGAGGACGCGGGCUCGCUCUCCGAGUACGGCCGGGCGGCCGACGGGAAGCGCCCGGAGCAGAGCCCGUCGGACUGCGGCCCCCCGAGGGCCGCGGACUCCCUCCUGAACCCCCCCCUGCAGCUGAAGACCGAGGAGGUGGAGGAAGGAGAGGACUCGGCCGAGAGAGAGGGCGAGCAGGACGCAGCGACGGGGCAGGAGUCUGGGCCCACCCAGCCGUGCGCGGGCGACACGUACUCUUACCCGGACUCUUCGGCCCAACUGGGAGGCGAGCUCUGCGCCCCUUCCUCGUCGUCCGGGGACCCCCUGGAAGGCCUGCAGAUGGGACCGGCGGAGGAGAGGCUGGGCAUGGAGGAGGGGGAUGUGCUCUUUGAGGAGGAUGAAGAGGUGAUAGGAGAAGAAAGGCCCGUGCUGGUGGGCGGAACGGGGGUAGGCGACGGCGGCGCGAUGACGAUGGAGGAGAUCAUCGAGCUGAGCGACGACGAGGCCAACUACAUCGGGGAGGAGGAGGAGGAGGACGAAGACCUGGUGUGCCUGGAGGGCGGGAGCCGGAGCUGGGCCACGUGCAGGGCCUGCGGGGAGACGCUGCCGGCCGACGCGGCCGCCGUCCGAGCCCACGCCGAGACGCACCUGUCCGAGACCGGGGCCUGCCGCGUGUGCGGAGCCGGCUUCGCCGACCGCGCCGCCCGCGUCACGCACGCCCUCACGCACGUGGGCAUCCUGCUCUUCUCCUGCGACAUGUGCCGCCUGCAGUUCUGCAGCCAGGCCAGGCUCAACCGGCACCGCCGGCAGGCCAUCGCCGGGGCUCAGCAGCCUCAGCCCGGGCAGCUCAACAGCACCUCCUGGGGGCCCGGAGGGGAACUGCGCUGUGCCGUUUGUGGGAAACUACUCGCCAAGGACUUCCAGGCUGUGAGGGAUCACCUCCUGGCCCACGUGUGUGUGCAGUCGCUGCGGUGCGGGGUGUGUCAGCACCCCCAGCCCUCGCUGUGCGCCCUGCUCUGGCACGCCCUCACGCACCUCUCCCUGCCCAUCUACUCCUGCCCCCGCUGCGCCUGCAGCUUCCUGGAGCGCCCCCUGAUGGAGAGGCACCUGGCGCUGCACACCGGGGAGGACGGGCCGGGGCCGGGGGCGGAGCCGGUCGCCCUGGGCGACGGCGCGGAGGAGCUGCGCUGCUUCCUGUGCCCGCAGGUCUUCCACUCGGCCUCCGCCUUCCAGUACCACCUGAGCCAGCACGCCGGCAACCUGCAGGUCCGGCCCGGUAGCGGCAAGCGCAAGGCCGAGCACGCCCUCGAGUACUCCUCCCCCUCGCCCGGCGAGGCGGGCGGGCCCGGCAGGGCGGGGCACCUGGGGGCGGGGCCGGACGGGUCGCUCGGCCCGGGUCUCCGCGGCGACGGGGUCGCCGGGGCGGGCCAGAAGGCCAAGUGGUACCGGUGCCGGUACUGCGGGAAGCCGUUCGCCCACUCGGGCGAGUUCACCUACCACCUGCGCAUCCACACGGGCGAGAAGCCCUACCAGUGCAAGGUGUGCCUGCGCUUCUUCCGCGGCCGCUCCACCAUGAUCUGCCACCUGAAGACGCACGCGGGCGCCCUCAUGUACCGCUGCACCGUCUGCGGCCUCUACUUCUCCACCCUCAAGCUGGUCUCCUCCCACAUGGAGCUGCACAAGGACUGCCUGCCGCCCGACUUCAACAUCGAGCAGACCUUCAUGUACAAUGACCACUCUAAAGAGCCCAUGCCCAGCCUGGACAGCUGAUCGGCUCUGGGGGAACCACGUGCCCCUAUAGCCAAGCACCCCCGCCCAUCCUGUCCGUCCGUGAAUAGGAUUUUUGAAGUUAAUGCCAAGGUGUCGAUUCUCGUUUGGGAAAGCAAACGUUUGGGAAAGCAAAACGAAACCAUGUUUUGGUCCAGUUGUGACGUGUGAUGCUCCGUAUUCCUACGCCUCCGUCAUCUGAACGUGCAAAAGAUCUCUUCUUGCAGUAGGAACAAUGAGCUCUACUUUUGCAUCGUGACAACGGUUACUUGUGUUUAACAGACAAAGGUGUUUCAGUUAACACACGAGUACCACACAGAGCCUAGUGGAUCAGUGUAGCGUCUGCACUAAAGAGAUGCCUAGGAACCAGCAAGGAAAUGUUUGCUCAAAUCUGUUUCCAGCUAUGGAUCAUUAGUGAAAGAUGAGCACUUCCUGCUUCGUAUCCGGGGCCCAGAACCUUUAGAAAUGCUACCUUCUGCAAUUCAAUUUUCCUCAAACUGCAGGACAUAUGCUACAGAAUUCUAAGAGCAUUUGCCACGUCACUCCUAUUCCAGAUGCGUAAACUCUUAACGACUGUCAGGAUAAACCUUAUGCUGUCUGUGUGCGUGCGUUUCUCGUGUUCUGAGUAGUAAGUGAUGGUUAUAGCGAUUUCAUGGAGAGUAUUAUAAUUUUAUUUUAAAACUUUUUUACAGUAUCAACACUAUCCAUUUCUGCCACUGGGUGGCAGCAUAGUGAGUGGUUUGUCAUUUUAGAAAAAGAAGAGGUGUCGGAAGUUGACACAGUGGCCCUGUUGGCACGGUCAGGUUUCAGCUCGGCCUCCAUUUUAACAGGUUUAAGAAAUGCUGAAAGUGUUUGCUUUGACGACAGUAGCCACUGGUCAAAAGGCAUGGCCAGUAGAACAAAUAAUUUUAUUAUAUAUGGAUCAGCCACGUGCAUUACAGGCAGCUGCAGCUGGGGAGCGUUCAGCCGCAGCAGCAUCCCAAAGUGCUGUGAACUUUUAAUUUUUCUUGAAUGACCGGUUUUGCUUUUUGAAUCUCUCGACUAGUUUAGUUCCCAUUCGGUCAGUUUAUUUUCACUAGUUUAUUCUCCCAGUGGAUGUGGGUGUGUAACAACGGAAAAUGAAUUUGGCCCCCGUGUUGGCCCAAAAUGGAGUUUGGCCCCUAUUUCAGCUCUUGGUAGUGGCUGCAGCUGACAGAUCACAGGUUAAGUACUGUUCCUUCAUCAUCAAAAAAAAAGAACUCUGGAAAGCAGGAAAUAAUUGACACAGCUUUACAAAUAUAGAUGCUCCACAUUUUGCAGCAAUAGAGAAUAUCUAGCAUCUUUCUCAAGGUCAUGCAAGCACUUCUAAUGUAUAGCCUACAUGCAGUUAUAUUAAAUGUAUGUUGUGCCUAUAUAGUGGUUAGGAAGCUCAUAUAUCAGAUGGUUGGCUGGCUGUGAUACAUGAAGCACCGCAGUCAAGAACACAAGUGCAUACUCAGCACUGAGAUUUUUUUCAAACUGAAUAUUAAAAUCAAAGUCGCUUCCAUUAGCUUUGCGAUGUGCUGAAUGCAGUCUUGCUCCAUUUGCCACAGGUUACGGUGUCCCUGAUCGUGGAUGAUAAAUGUUCAUAACAGAAAUAAUACAAGCAAGACCGCACAGUUGCUAGCUUGACAUUAGAAACAAUUUAAGCUCAACAGCCAAUCAUGUGACAGUAAUGCAUGCUAGGAGCGUUCAAUGGUGGUCUGCUGGUUUCUGUUUUGACAGUAUUAACAGCAAACCAAUUUACAACCAAGAAAUCAGGUGAAGUAAGUUACCUGCACAUACAACCGGUCAAUCAAGUGCUGAGUUGCUACAAAAACUAGUAGACUAUGGACCAGAGUUGGACACCCCUGCUCUACAGUUUGAAAUGCCUAGCUAGUUCAUGACCCGAUCCACAUGCUAUAUGACACGGUCUCCCUUUGGGAAAAGUGUCUCUCAAAAUGAUGACAGUUGGAAAUACGAUGGCACUUGAGCGUGGAAUGGAUGCAUCGCCAAUAUGUACGGACAUUAUAAAGACUAUUAAGGGUUUUAUUCAUCAGUCAGUCAUACUGUAUGUCAGUUUUCACAUACUGAGCCAUGUAAGAUGGAAUGUUCUGCCAGUGGAUGUCAUCGGGCCCUGCAUAUACCUCAGGUCAGGCUGCAGAUUCUGAAAAAAAAAAAUCACUCAACUGGCCCUGUUCGUCGGUGCCACUAUAGCCAAUCAGCUGGCAGUGAUUACUAUGCAUCAGAAUACACUAAAAAAAACAACCUCAUCCUUCUGUGUUUUUGAGCUACAUUAUUCCCACUCUACAUUCAGGAUUUAUUCAAACGGCGGCUGCCGGUCUCUUAAACUGCAUUUCAGCAAAAGGUCCUCAUGCUUAUCAGUAGCUCCGUUACAAUUUGAAUGUUGCAGAAAAUUAAGUAGCACAAUUACUCGUAUGCAAAAAGCCAGUCAGGGCAGUGGUGUACCAUUACAGGCAUUUAGCGGACGCUCUUAUCCAGAAUGACUUACACAGUUCUUUACAUAGCAUUUACACUGCAUCCGUUUGUACAGCUGGAUAUAUACUGAAGCAAUGCAGGUUAAGUGCCUUGCUCAAGGGUACAACAGCUGUGUCCCACCCGGGAAUCGAGUGGUUACAAGACCACUUCCACACCCGCUAUACUACACUGCUGCCCCCAGUGGAUCGAUUUGAGCGCGCCUGAUAUCUUUCUGUCAGCGAUGACUUUAAUAUUUGUGUGUGAGGAUGUCUGAUUAAUGCAACCAAGGCGCAGGGUACAUUAGGUUUUGUGCAACCCACAAGUUUCCAUUUGCCUUAAUGUGCAUAUAAACCAGUAGUUUCACAUUUUCCCCCUCCAAACUGUUGACUUUGUGAUAAAUGUCUGUCUGUUGUGUUCUUUAGCUGACUAACUUCAUUUUUUUAAAUAUGCAACACACUAAUUUUUAUUUAGCAAGACAUGCAAAACUGGGAACCAUCUUUCAAAAAAUUGUGUAAAUUCAUAAGUACGGAACUAUAGCUACUGAUUGUGUGCUCCCAUAAACCCCCAAAGUUCAUAUCUAACCGACACUUUCAAGAAAGAUUUUUUUUAAAGAUUAAAUUGGUGUAGUGAAUCAUCAUUUAUAUAUAAAGUGAUAAAACUGUGUUAAGGCGUGCAUGCUUCUGUGUACUUAAAAGAAAUGGAUGGUGCUGUAUUAAUAUUCUGGUCCAUUUAUGAAGAUAUUGAUCUAAACAUUUCUGAGAAAAAAUGAAAAUGUAGACUUUUCUUUUCAAAUGUACAGUGUCUGUACCAGUACGGAAGCAAUGCUUUGGCCUUAUUAAUUUCUUCUGAGCCUAUUUAUAGAAGUGUCUUCUAUUCACAGAAUUGUAGUUUUAUUUUAUAUGGGUUUUAAAAGCUAGUUUUAUUUGUAUUGUUUUUAAUAAGUGUGAGAUGCUGUCAUUGCAAACCAUGACAAUUUUAUUACACUGUCCUAAUCCUGUUUUGUAUCUGUUCUAUUAAGAAUAAAAAUCUGAAAAUGAA